UCUGCCACACCCACACACAUCACAUUGGCCCACUCCUGUCUUUCACAUUACAUCGGCUCUUUGAACACUGCUGGAUUUUCGGCUCAUCUCAAAGAAUAAUUUAAACGGACGACAGCAAGAUGUUCGGCAAAGUCUGGGCCCUGCCGCUGUGCACACUGAUGGUGGCAAUUUUCAGCGCAUCAUCCGCCUUCGGCCAGGGGUCUUGCUCAUGUGGUGGACCGACUUCUGGCUCGGUUAGCACUGCCACAAUUUCCAACCUAAUCGAUCCCCUGGAGUGCGGCGACGAUGGUACUGCCUCGUGCGACUCCGACUACGCGUGCGUUUGCGACUUCGGGAUUGAGAUUAAUGUUGACACCAGCGGCCUUGUCGCCGGCACUGCUACGGAGCCCACCGUCACGUGGUACUGCAAACACGACGGCGGCGACGGCCAGUGCACACUGAUCGAAGACAUCGCCUAAAGCCUCGUGGACACCGAGUCCGCCGCAGCCCACGUCCACGCCUAGGUCUUCCGUCGGCCGAAUUCUUGGGGAUUGGGUCACAUCGAGCAUCCCACAUUUGAUGACGUUGACCGAUACUGCUAGGUUUUUUGACCAACCGUUCCAGGGAAGGAGGAGUUACGUGCACCGCUAGGCGUCGUGGCGCAGCUGGCGGUCGCUCCAUUUGGAUCGGUGCUUUGAUAUAUUGCGGCUACAUUUUCUGUGAUUGCUCAUAUAUAGUAUUCCGCGGUCCGCUUGCGAAUGUUGGAGUGGGGUGAGCUUCUUUUAUUGUUGUAAUAGUCACGCCGACGUUCGCGUUUUCUCUACGUCCAGACCCCGUUGUUACCCCGUUUGACUCUCGCUGGCUCCGUCGUCAGCGAUGUGGUUCUCAGCAGUCAUCACUGCUGUGUGGUGUGGGAUCUCUCCGAUACUAGUUGGUUUGUUUGUGCUUUGUACGGAAAGUCGCAUUUUCGAUAUAUUUGACGGUAAGCGUUGGGUUGAAGACUAAGUAUCUGCAUCCUAACUUUCCAGGGCGGGCUUACGUAAUGUAGCAACUAGUGUUUGAGCGCUGUAUUUGCGUUGUUUUUAGCGCUUACUUGUAUUUUGAAUUUUCGAUGGAAAUGGAUGUUUGACAUCUUUUGGGAUUUGAAGUAAGUAGCUUGAAGAAUCAGAAUCUCAGCCUCGCUUCCGCACUAUCCGAUUGAAUGCCGAGCGGACCUGGUCCAAGAACGCUAAAACAACAACCGAGUGCCCGAAGUGGGGAGCAACAAAACUUGCUCCCCUCCCUUUAAUUCUGUGUUCCUCCUUAAGACAUACAUGUAUUGGAGUAAGUCUACCCCCUUUGUACAUACAUGACUUCCGUGCUUUUUCUCUUUCUCACCUUCAUGCAACAGCGCUAUCAAUGCUCGAUCUACGUUUGUUUGCCCAUGUCGUCAUCAACUGCACGCAACAGCGUUGUGAUAGCACUUCCCCCUCAUUUUUUACGUAAAACGGGCGUAAUGCGAGAUCGGGACCCCUUCAUUGCAAGGUUGGAUUAAAGCAUGCCUGCCUGCCUAGCUAGUUGCUUGCUGGAGGUAAAACUGUAUUGAUGCUUCUGCAUCCGAAGGCUUUUGAUGAAAAGGGGAAGGAGAACCAACAAUAAUAAUAGUUAUACAAGGGCCUUGCCAGCAUAAUAAUUCGUUUUGGCUCUCGUGCAAUAAAUGCGGUCACGGUCUCACAUCUACUAUUUGGCCAUCGCUCCUGUGUGACCCUGGAUGGUUGUAGUUGUACAAAAAAAAAACUUGGGAGUGUACGGUACUCUUUCGUCACA